AUGCCUUCGUGGACUCACCUUGUUCGUUUCAUCGCCGUCGAGGAUAGCCAAGAGCAUCUCGGCCAGCUCGUCGAUCCCACCCGCGAUGUUGGGCGAGACAGUGCCGAUGGCAAGGAGAUUACAGUGUAUCUAAUUGACGGAACAAUCUUCGAUGGAAGAGUGACUAAGGAGAUCUUGCAUGUCAAGCAGCUACUCUCUCCAGUCUCGAGAGAGGAUUGCAACUAUAUCCGAUGUCUAGGAUUAAACUACAAGGAUCACGCUAAAGAAGCCAAUCUCGCCCUCCCCAAGGCCCCUAUCCUCUUCAGCAAGCCUCGCACGGCCUUGACCGGCCCCUUUCCUGCCACCAUCAAUAUCCCAAAGUGUGCACAGGACGAGACUAGUGACUACGAAGCCGAGCUAUGCCUUGUUAUUGGAAAAACAGGAAGGAAUAUCCCUGAAGACGAGGCUCUUGACUAUAUCCUUGGGUAUACCGCGUCCAACGAUGUCUCGGCGCGUGCACUCCAACUAGCUACUACACAAUGGUCUUUUUCGAAAGGACUUGAUGGGAGCUGCCCAAUUGGACCCGUCCUUGUCGCUCCAUCCGUCAUUAAUGACCCCCAAACCCUAUCUAUUAAAGCCAUCCACAACAACGACACUGUGCAAGACGGGCAUACUAGGGACAUGAUAUUUGAUAUCAAGAAGCAGAUCUCAUAUCUCUCGCAAGGAACCACGUUAGAGGCUGGCACACUUUUUUUGACGGGGACGCCAGCUGGGAUUGGCUAUUUCAAACAGCCGAGAAGGGUUCUUCGUGAUGGGGAUGAGAUUUCGGUGCAGAUUGAGAAGAUUGGGACGUUAGUGAAUAAGGUUCGGUAUGAGAACUUGUAG